AUGCGGAGACUCCGGAGAAAAGGAGGGAACAAUGAGAAAGUGUUUGGCUGUGACCUGUUGGACCACCUGGCUACAAAUUGUCAGGAGAUUCCUCAGGUGCUGCGAAGCUGCAGUGAAUUCAUUGAGAAGCAUGGGGUUGUAGAUAGGAUCUACAGGCUAUCUGAGGUGUCAUCCAACACACAGAAAUUAAGGUAUGAGUUUGACAGUGAGGGGACCCCAGAUCUCAAUAAGGAUGUGUACCUGCAAGACAUUCACCCUCUGCUCUCUCUGCAAGGCCUACUUCAGUUGCCCAAUCCUCUCCUCACAUACCAGCUCUAUGGCAACUAUGCUGAAGCUGUGGCGAUUCAGCUGGAGGAGGAGAUGCUAGUGAAGAUCAAGGAUGUGCUGAAGGAGUUACCUGCAUUGCAUCUCAGAACUCUAGAGUUCCUGAUGCAUCACCUUGUCAAGAUGGCUUCUUAUUCCUCACACACCAACAUGCAUGCCCGGAACCUCGCCAUUGUUUGGGCUCCAAACCUUCUCGUGUCAAAAUACAUUGAGGCUUCAGGGUUUAACAGUACAGCAGUCUUUAUAGAGGUGAGGGUCCAGUCCAUCAUGGUGGAAUUCAUCCUCACCCACGUGCCCCAGCUGUUUCCUGAUUCAGAUACAUGA